AUGCGAGCUCGGGCGACUGAGAUGCCGACGAGGAGAGCUGGAACGCCGACGACGGACUCUGGUUUGCAAGAGAUACCGGUCGGCACGUUCAGCCGGGCACUCCAGAGGUUGUCGGUGGCAGCUGGAACCUCAACUGGGGUGCCACCAUCUGAGGAGGUAAUGCCUGUGUCGCCAUCUGUGCGUACGCUACGGGGACGCCUAGUUGGUCCGACUCGACCGCUUAGUACUCCGAUGAUAGGGUAUCAGGGUCCGAUGGUUCCAUGGGUGACGCUACCAGCGCUAGCUUCGACGCCGGUGAGAAUGCCAUUGGCUGCGAUCCCUCCGUACGGUGGCGUGACCACCCAAGUGGAUAGCACCAACAGGAAUGAUGGAGGGAACGGCGCGACACGCCUUAGUGCUCUCUACGCCUUAGUGCUCUCUACCUACCGUUCCAGCAUCCGAUAUCGCCUACGGCGGGGUGGAGCUCGGGUGGAACGCUGCCAGCGUGUGUCUAAAAUUGGAACGCUCUCGGGCCAGAACGCGCCAAUUCUUGGCAUUCCAACUGAGUUGCAGAACGCCGUGAAGACCCCUGCACAGCUGUGGAGCGUCGAAGAUAAUGACGCGACUAUUAAGGGAAUGGAUUCUACAAAACAAUACGACCGUUUGUUUACCGACACAGAGCUGGAUAUGCUGGAACGCGGUGACAGUCCGGAGAUACAGAAUGAACCUGAGGAGUAUAGCGAGGAAUUGGAGGAAAGGUAG